UCGGAGAACAGGGUGCAAGCGGUCCCGGCCAGUACGGGAUCGGGCAUCGAAUUUUUGCCACCGCGCACUCGACCGAGCGCGCACGCUGGCGGACGACGACGACGACGAACAACCCAAUGGGCUAUGUGCAGAAACGGCUGGCUUCGACGGCUGCAAAGCUAGCCGUGUCUCCCUCCCACGUCCACGAACUCAUCUCCAAAAAGGCUGUCGCCUCGACCUCUUCCCGGGACUUCUUCGAUGCGCAGACGUGGGCAGCGCUGCAGCCCCCUCCCGAGUCCGCCCUCACCGCGUUCGCCCACCGGAUAGGCCUCGCAGACGUCCUGGGCUCUACGGAAGUCGUCCGGCAAGCAUGCACGCACCCCUCCUUCCUCCCGCUCUACACCAGACACCAUCCAAACCAGCCGCAACCCGUCACGAACGCGAACCUUGCAACCCUCGGCAACUCAUUGCUGGGCAUGUUCGCAACGGAGCACAUCAAUGCCACGUACCCUCAUUUGCCUACGCGUGUGAUGAAGGCUGCCGUCAGUGCCUACGUCGGCGGGACGACGUGUGCGGCAAUAGCAAAGGAAAUGGGGGCAGCAUCUCUGCUCAGGUGGCAUAGAACACCGUCUUCGUCGACAAGACCAGCGGUCUUGCAUCCUGAUGCUCUGAGCUCCGUUCCGCGUGCUCUCACUGGACUAGUCUACAAAAACCGCUCUCUGCUGUCUGCCCGCAAAUUCGUGCAACGAUUCUUCCUGAGCAGGGAAGUUGACCUGCGUAGCAUGAUCAAGUUCCGUGAUCCUCGAUUGGCACUGAUGUACACCGUGCAAAAGUUCGGGCGAGAACUACCAAAAUCCAGGUUGCUCAAGGAGACUGGACGGUUUUCGAACUCUCCUGUAUUUGUCGUUGGCAUCUACUCAGGCGCCGACAAGCUUGGCGAAGGGUUUGGUAGCUCCUUGAAGAUGGCGGAGUACCGGGCGGCGGAAGAUUCCCUGCACAGACUCUACCUCACGCGACAACCGCCACACCUAGUACAGCUACCAACGUCGACCUUCGCCGAUGGACGGGGCAACAUUUACGAUGUUACCGGUCCGGGGAGCGCAUAUGAGCCGAGCGCAAUCGCAGACUCGGAGGUGCUCUACGGCAGUCUGGGGCGGACAGGCGCUAUGACGCCCGGCAGACACACCAGAGAGGGCGACGAGAGAGAUAUAGAGGACAUAUUGUAGUAUGCAUGCAAUGCUCAUAAUGCUGAUAGUACCGGGCUCUCGAGUGCUAUAUGUCCCAAGCUGUUCCCUUGUAGCGACGCAUUCUCAACGUUCCGAACACUUACGGCAAGCGGGCCUUGAAGGGGCCGGAGAGGUGUCCGUUCCUAUCUAUGCAAGCACCAAUAUCCACGUUGACAAA